AUGCCUCAGCUUGAUGUGUCCACUUAUACGUCACAGCUUUUUUGGCUUGCUGUUUGUUUUUCUAUCCUUUAUUGGACAUUGAAAAAUCACAUUAUUCCACGUCUUCACCAACUCCUACAAAAACGUUGGGAACACACUGAGGGAAUGCAGGAAGAAGCAGAACACCUACAAAAACAAGCAGAGGCUGUUAAUCAAGAGUGUGAAAACUCUUUGGAUGAAGCAAGAGAAAGAUCUCAUGAAAUAGUGAAUCAGGCUACUCAAAAAUCACAUGCUCAAUCCAAAUCUAUUGCCACCGAGCUUGAUGCUGCAAAAAAAGCCAGAAAAGAAGCCGAGGCGUUCCUAAAAGCCGCCAAAGAACAAAAAGAAUCGGCGACAGAACAAGCAAAAGCAAUUUUAGAACAUGCCAAAAAAGAAAGGGCGCGCCUUGAAGCAGACGCCAGCAAAAACUUAGACGAGCUCUUAACCCGAGAAAAGAAAAGGGUCGAAGAAAACAUCGAACGUCUUGAAGUCGAAUCUACAAAACGUCUCCAGGCAAAAGCAUCGGAACUCAGCUUACAAGCGACAAAAGAAAUCCUUGCCACACUCAUGACUGACAAAAAUGCUCAAAAAGCUUUUGACCAGAAGGUUCUUGAAGACCUCAAGAAA